AUGGUAUCUAGUGAGGUUAUCUUUGGUAUGGCAUUCUUCUUUCAAUGUGCCAUUGGUGUUGCAGGGAAUUUAUUGCUGCUCAUACUUUAUGGUUAUAUUGCUUUCAAAAAGCCUAAAGAAAAGAAGCCCAUGGAUUUGAUUCUUGCUCAUUUAACUUUGGCCAAUAUGGCAACACUUUUUACCAGAGGCAUCCCAGAAAUCAUGUUUUGUUUUGGGAUGAGAAAUAUUUUCAAUGAUUUGGGGUGUAAAGUAGUCAUGUACAUUUACAGAAUUUCCAGGGGACUUUCUGUAUGCACAACAAGCCUUCUGAGCAUGUUUCAGGCCAUCAUCAUCAGUCCCAACAACUCUGUGUGGGCAAGGAUCAAAGUCAAGGCCCCCAAAUACAUUUUACAUUGUUUUCUCUUUUUCUGUGUAACAAAUGCAUUGAUCUAUAUUAGGGUGAUUGAAACCACUGAAGCAAUAAAAAAUGACAAUAUUUCCAGAUAUGAUUAUAUAUCACAUAUUUUCAUGGUAAGAGCACCAAAUGAGAAGAAAUCUGUGGCUGCAUUUUUGUUUGGAAUGACUCUUCAUGACUUUAUCUUUCACUUCCUUAUGGGCUUGUCUAGUACCCACAUGGUGCUUCUCCUCUAUAGGCAUAGCAAGCAAGUGCAGCAUAUUUAUAGCAAUACCCAUUCCCCUAGAUCCUUCCCUGAAAUCAAGGCCACUCAGAACAUCCUCUUGCUUAUGAGCUGUUUUGUUUUAUUCUACUGGAUCAACAACUGUUGCACCUUAUAUGUGACAUUUCAUUUUGAAAAAGAAGUUGAAGUGGAAACAAUAGCAGCCUUUUUUUGUGGAUGUUACCCUACCCUCUGUCCCUUUUUGCUGAUUGGCAAUGAUAGUCGUAUUCGAAAACUUCAUUUUAUCCUUGGAAAGGAAAGAAGACAUCUCAAGAAUUUUAUAAAUGGAUUAGUCAAUUAUUGA